AAGCCGCAGACAUGGCAGACGAGGCGCUUUUCUUGCUCCUCCACAACGAGAUGGUGACCGGCGUCUACAAGUCCGCCGAUCAGGGGGAGGUGGAAAAUGGAAGAUGCAUUACUAAGCUGGAGAACAUGGGUUUUAGAGUAGGACAAGGAUUGAUAGAAAGGUUUACAAAGGACACUGCAAGGUUCAAGGAUGAAUUAGAUAUCAUGAAGUUCAUUUGCAAAGAUUUUUGGACCACUGUUUUCAAGAAACAAAUUGAUAAUCUAAGGACAAAUCAUCAGGGCAUAUAUGUGCUUCAAGACAACAAAUUUCGACUCCUGACUCAGAUGUCGGCAGGAAAACAGUAUUUAGAUCAUGCUCCUAAGUAUUUAGCAUUUACAUGUGGCUCAAUCAGAGGUGGCUUAUCAAAUUUGGGAAUGAAAAGUAUUGUGACAGCUGAAGUGUCAGCAAUACCAGCAUGUAAAUUUCAAGUGAUGAUACAGAAGAUGUAGCAUGUACUCAAAUGCUUCUACAAUGUAAAGAGAUUAAAUUAUUCACGUAUAAAGAUUUUUGAGUAGUAACUUUUGACUUACUGGCAUUGUCAUAAGUUUCUACAGUACACUGAUUUCUGUAAGCUGUAUGUUAAUUUAUUAGAUGAUGUAAUAUGCACUCUCAAAUAACAUUACCAUAGUAUAUAACAUAUGUCAUCUGAUGGGAACAGGAGAGUAUCAAAGAAAAUUUUACUGAGACACUACAGUGUAGCUAUAUAUCACAU